GUCUAUGUCGAUUGUGCGCCGCUUCCUAUCCUUUUCUUCCCUCGCUAUAUGUAAGAUCCGUCUGGACUAAUCUCGGCAUAGAAACACAUCGCAUUGAUUCGAUCAGUGACCACCGGGCUAACGAUCGAUGGAGCGGAGCCCUCGUCGUCGUUGUGGUCGAGCUCCACGUCCACCAGCUAUGGAUCAAACGCCAACUCCUUCAACUGCUUCCAGCAUCCGCAGUGGCCUAAGCAUUCGUGCCCCCAAUCCAAGGUCACCUGCAGCCACGAGAGGACGUAUUCGCCAGAGCCUUCUCUAUUCAGAUCGCCCCAGGCGUUUCAGGAGACCUACAUCAGAUAAGCUACCGGUUGAGGAGCAUGCGGAUGAGGUAAGCAGCAGGGAGUUUGAAGCCCUGACACUUGAUCAAUCACGCCCUACACCUAAGUCAACUCACAGGCAAGCUGGAACUGCAACCCAUGUUCGGCAAAGUGUUCUAUAUUCAGGCCGCCUCAGGAGGCCCCAUGGUAGACGAGAACAAGAACCAUCACCGAAUGAGCUACCGGUUGAGAAGAAUGCUAGCAAGGUGAGCAGCAGUGAGGGAUCUACAGUUACAGAUCUACUUGAAUUAACUGAUAGGGUUGAGAAGAAUGCUGGCAAGGCGAGCGACAUUCAGGGUCCUGCAGUUAAGGCUCCACCGGUAAAGGAGGAUGCAAGUGAGGUGUGCAGCAGGGAGUUUAAAUCAGUAACACUUGGUCAGUCACUUCCUACAUUUAAUAACCCAACUCAAAGGUCCAGGAAACGUGAUUAUUACGCUGCAGACAGUACGACUCGCUCUGAAAUUUUUGAGGAGAUGCUCAAAGAUGUAUCAGAGCCUUGGGCACAAAAAUGUCGUGAUAUGCGGAAGUACUUGGAAGAACAUACAUACACUUGUAUGGUGGAGGCUAUGAUUGCCGCUGAACAUGGCUUUAGCAACCCGGCCCAGCAUAAACUAGAUGCUCAAGCAUUCUUGGCAUCAGAAGGGGCAUUUGAAGCUCCUGAAGUCCCUCAAUCCUUUGCCUCUAGAAGAGAGAAUAUAGCGCAGGCUGAAGUGUCUACGGAAGAAAUCCUUGAGAAUGGUGAAAAGUGGAUGGGCGAGGAAGUCAUGUUGGCUUUUAAGAAGUACAAGGAAGGAAAGAGCCAAUUCAAAGACGUGGUGCAUUAUGGCCUAGAUGAGCUUCAACAUCAGUGCUUCAGCAUGGAGAGCUGUGAUCACACCUUCCAUCACUUCAACUUCACCGUUAAGAUGGAGAAAUCAGGUGGCGAUUCGUCAUCGACGCCCUUCUUUGCUGAGGUGAAAGAGAUCCAUGGAAGAAAAUAUUAUUCCUGCUACGAACUAAGUUCGCAUGAUGAUGGUCACUGCCAUGCGUGCAAAAAUCAAGGAAUGCAUGCACUGAAGCACCCUAUUUGUCUAAUGGGGUAUGACAGUGGUCAUGCUGAUAUGGAGUCCCCGUUCCUUUAUCUUAGAGAUGAUGAAUAAUCUGAUCUCGAGUGGUGACGGUGUUUGCAUCGACAACAGUGUGAAGUAUGUGGUUUGUUUAUGGUUACAUCUUCUGAUCUGCAUGUAGUCCAGUAGUGCAGUUGUGAAUUAUACUGAUAUUUGACCUGUACUAAGAAGUUCUAAGGAGCGAGUUUUUGCUUU